UUUUUUUUCCCCUUUUUUUUUGGCUGGCCUGAUACCCUCAAAGCUGGCCGAGGAGGAGGAGGGAGGAGGCGGUAACAGCCACAACUCGGAAUUUGCAAGCGAGUGUCGGGAUGGGGUCUGUUUCCAACCAGCAGUUUGCAGGUGCGAAGCCGGGCGAGGAGCCGGCCGGAGACUCGCCCAAGGCCGAGAACGAGUCCCAGCCCCUGCACGGCUCCGGCAUCUGUAAAUGGUUCAACGUCCGCAUGGGCUUCGGCUUCCUCUCCAUGACCGCCAAGGGCGGCGCGACCCUGGACUCCCCCGUCGAUGUCUUCGUGCACCAGAGCAAGCUCCACAUGGAGGGUUUCCGCAGCCUGAAGGAGGGCGAAGCUGUCGAGUUCACCUUCAAGAAAUCAUCCAAAGGUUUGGAGUCCAUCCGGGUGACCGGCCCCGGGGGCGUCUUCUGCAUCGGCAGCGAGAGGAGGCCCAAAGGGAAGAGCCUCCAGAAGCGCAGAUCGAAAGGAGACCGGUGCUACAACUGCGGCGGGCUGGACCACCACGCCAAGGAGUGCAAGCUCCCGCCGCAGCCCAAGAAGUGCCACUUCUGCCAGAGCAUCAGCCACAUGGUCGCCAACUGCCCCGCGAAAGCACAGCAGUCCCCCAGCUCGCAGGGAAAGCCCGCCUACUUCCGAGAGGAGGAGGACAUGCACAGCUCGGCUCUCCUCCCCGAGAGCCGGGAAUGAUGGUGGGUGGCAGGGAGAGGGGGAUUCCACCGGGAUGAGAAGGCUUUGGCAAGGCGA